AUGAACAGUCCAGAAGAGGGAAUUAUUUUGGACACAAUGAUGACUGAGUCUCCAAACACUUGCAUAAUACAUUUUCGAGUAUCUGCAAAUCGGGCAAUGGACACCGUUUCUGUAUUCUUCAAUCAUGCCUCAGUUCUUACAUCCACUGAAACCUGGGAUCCCGUUUUCUUGACUUUCUUGUUCUAUUUUUAUGAACGCGACACGUACAGACUAUCCACAUUCAGUGAGAUCACCAUUUCCAACACGUCCCGUCAAAUAAAGCGUCAACAGUUUGAUAGCACAACUUUACCCACAGGUGUAUCAACGUUCUAUCUUACCCUCAGAGCAAAUGAAUCGCAAUACAAAUCGUUUCGGUUGAGGUUCUCUGUCACCAUUACCCCUGUUUAUCGAUGUGCUCUUGUGCGCACUUCAAAACCCCAAAUUACAUCCACUGUGGAACAAAAUUUCCGACUGGAAUAUUACGUAUUCUAUCAACAGGGCUAUAUUCCAUGUCAAGAGCUUCAUCCCUUAGAUGAAAAGCUCUACACUCUGUGCAUACCGCGUGGUCUACUUUGCGAUACGCACACCAACUGUCCGGUCAUAAAUGAACGCAGUCUAGAUGAACCGCACGAUGUACGGCUUUGUCAAACGCCCAAACUUCUACGGAAAGUAGAUUUGGAAUUAGUUUUGGGCGUAUUAGCGGUUAUUCUGGUACUUCUUAUGAUUUUUGCCAUGGUCUUCACCAUUUCCGAUUACAAGCUGUGGUGCAAACGUAUCCGAGGUGGUUGUGCUCGACGUCGGGAGAAUUCUUUUGAUGAACGUUCUAUUGGUACUGAAUUUUCUCUUCCCAUAGCUCCGCCUCGUUAUGAAUCGGCCGAAGACAUGAACUUACGCCAGGCGGCUAUUUGUAAGCUAUGCAGCCCACAGAGUCCUGCUCCUCUUGCGUACGAAUCACCUCCAUCCUACACUCGUGAUAUGGAAGAUGAAACCGGCGUCUAUCCAACUUUUAUUCGACCCAUACACACGCGAAGAAGACCACGAUCAUCGUCCGCUAUCGGAUCUAGACGUCCGGUAUUUCGUCGUAGAAGAACAACUACCACUGACGCAUUCACGGAGGAUACCCGUUCAACCGAGUCAUGGGCUAUGUCGUAUUUGCACACGCAUGGUAUGGAUUCCUCGACAGAUUUGCCGAGUUAUCGAGACAUCGCUCCUCACCUCGCGUUUGACCAACGACCNUCAACACAUUCGGAUCGAAGGUGA